UGCCACGCAGGCGAUGUCGCUCUCCACGCGGCGCAGCUGGGCCGCCAGCAGCUCCAGCAGCCGCAGGAAGGCGGUGGCCACGCUGCUGACCUGUUCCAGGGCACCAUGGCUCAGGACAUGACCGAGAAGGAGCUGCUGAAGAUGGAGCUGGACCAGCUGAAGAAGGAGGUGAAGAACGAGAGGCAGAUGGUGUCCAAGACGGGCAAGGAGAUGAAGGAGUUCAUCGAGUCGAUGGCGGGCGAGGACCCGCUGCUGAAGGGCGUCCCCGAGGACAAGAACCCCUUCAAGGAGAAGGGCGGCUGCGCCAUCAGCUGAGCCCGGCCCGCGCCCCCCAGUCCCACCCCGGCGGGAGGAGGAGGAGAAAUAACCGUGAAAAUAAAAUUAAAAUAGUUAAACACCCCCAAAGCCCCACCCCACCCCAAUGCCGCUGGGGCACUG